GAGCAGACCGCGCUCACAGCCUGCAGCAGCAGAGAGAACCGGGGCUUCACACCACCGUGUUUUUACCACCAGAAACAACAAAAACACCCUCAACCGGCCGCCUUCACUCUCCGGGGUGUUAUUCCGUGAUCCAGCGGACAGUUAAAAGUCACAGCGGGGUGUUGCGGUGCUGUUUUGGAGGGAGAACGGGAAGGUGUUCGUGAGGUCGGACGGUUGGACCGGACUGAGCGCGGUAUGAGCGGCCGCUCUCCAGCUCCUCACACCGGGACUGCUCACAGUGCGCUGACCGGAACCCCGACAUGCAGCCGUAAACAAAGAGACGCUCCGGUUCUGCAAGCUUCAAGUUGCUCCAGGGACUAAAACAAGCGCAGGCAGCAGGAAACACCGCGGUUCUGUACAGCUUCUACAGUUUAUCGAGCGAAAGGCCAUGAUGAUGCCCGCACUGGCGCUGCUUGUGCGGCUCCUGUGUGUGUUUGCGGUCGCGGGUUCGUGCGCGCAGAGCACCGCGGCUCAGGCAGCCUCCACCCCGGCUGUGUGCGCUCCCUCCUGCCGCUGUGACGGAGACGGUGGAGCCGACUGUUCCGGGAGAGGACUAAGCUCAGUGCCAAGAGGCCUCAGUGCAUUCACAUAUUACCUUGACCUGAGCAUGAACAACAUCACAGAGCUUCCUGCGAAUGCAUUCAAGAACCUGUCGUACCUGGAGGAACUGCGAUUGGCAGGUAAUGACCUUACUUUCAUCCACCCUGAUGCUCUGUCUGGCCUCCACCAGCUCAAAGUCCUCAUGCUACAGAAUAACCAGCUGAAAACUGUUCCCAGUGCUGCACUGAAGAACCUUCAUGCUCUGCAGUCUCUACGCCUAGAUGCCAAUCACAUCACAGUGGUACCAGAGGACAGUUUCCAGGGCCUGCAGCAGCUCCGACACCUCUGGCUGGACGAUAACAGUCUGACCGACGUGCCCGUCGGGCCACUGCAGCAUCAGGGAAACCUGCAGGCGCUCACUCUGGCGCUCAACCGCAUCGGGCACAUCCCCGACAACGCCUUCGCCAACCUGUCCAGCCUCGUAGUGCUACACCUGCACAACAACAGGAUUGAAGAGAUCGGGAAAAACUGUUUCAGCGGCCUGGACAAUCUAGAGACCCUAGAUCUGAACUACAACAACCUGAAGAGCUUCCCCGAGGCCAUCCAGGCUCUCCCCAAACUGAAAGAGCUUGGCUUUCACAGCAACAAUAUAACUGUCAUACCUGAAGCAGCUUUUCAUAAGAAUCCAUUAUUGCGCACAAUCCAUCUCUAUGACAACCCUCUCUCCUUCGUGGGAAGGUCAGCCUUCCAGAACCUAUCAGACCUUCACUCUCUGAUGCUGCGUGGAGCCAGUAUGGUCCAGGAUUUUCCCAGCCUGACUGGAACAGGAAAUCUAGAGAGCCUCACGUUGACAGGUACUAAAAUCAGAGCUGUACCUGCAGAUCUCUGUGAGGACCUGGCCCUGCUCCGGACACUAGAUUUGUCCUACAAUCAAAUAGAAGAGCUGCCUUCCUUUCAGGGCUGUGUGAAUCUCCAGGAUAUAAUCCUGCAGCACAAUCAUCUCCAGCAGAUUGAGCGAGAUACUUUCCAGGGCCUGACCAACCUCAGAGUGCUGGACCUGAGCAGAAAUCAGCUGACGUUUAUUCAUCGAGACGCCUUUCUGACUCUCAGCACCUUAACAAAUCUGGAUCUGAGUGGAAAUCUUUUAUCCAGUCUUCCCACAGCUGGACUGAACUCGUUGAACCAGCUCAAACUGACAGGCAAUACGAACUUGAAGAGCAGUCUGAGUGCUGCAGGUCUGCCCAAACUCAGGUCUAUAUCAGUGCCAUAUGCCUAUCAGUGCUGUGCCUUUAUAGCCUGUGAUGGCACAACGAGUUCCCUAGACAGAGAAGACAGGAGAAAAUCUAUCGGUACAGAUGAGGAGAUGGAAAGGCUUCCCUUGGUUAUGCAUUGUUCUCCUUCUCCAGGAGCGUUUAAACCAUGUGCCCACCUGCUUGGCAGCUGGAUGAUCCGACUGACCGUGUGGUUCAUCUGCCUGGUUGCCCUGCUGUUUAACAGUCUCGUCCUGGCGGGCACUCUUUCUUCACGCAGCUGCCCCCUCUCACCCGCCUCUUUACUCAUGGCCCUCCUGGCAUCCUCCAACCUGCUCACAGGGCUUUACGUGGCAGCACUGGUAGUCCUGGAUGCCGCUACCUGGGGCUCGUUCUCAUCCUACGGCGUGUGGUGGGAGACCGGCGCUUGGUGCAAGACACUGGGCAUGCUGGCCGUGUUUUCAACCGAGUGGGCUGUCUUGUUGCUGCCGCUGGCUUCUGUGGAGCGCAGCCUGGCUGUGCGGGCACUGAUGGGCAAGGCGGGCGCACUAAGGAGCUGCGACCGGCGGGAACAGAGGAAGAGGUUUGGUCUAGCCGCAGCUUUGCUGGGGAUCUUGGCGGCCGCGGUGGCGUUUCUCAGCUUGUAUCAAGAAGCAGCUGAGGGGAAUCCAAUCUGCCUGCCGUUUUCAGGAGGGUUGGCACCUGGAUUGGGUAUGACGGUGGCAUUGGUGCUCCUGAACACCCUGGCUUUCCUGCUGAGUGCUGUGGUGUAUACACAGCUGUACUGCGGACUGGGGCGGGCACAGUUGGCCGACCCUGAGCAGGCAGGAUCUGUGCGUCAUGUAGCAUGGCUUAUUUUUACAAACUGCAUCUUCUUCUGCCCCGUAGCAGCGUUUUCCUUUGCCCCACUCCUGGCGGGAACGGGCACAGCUGGCAGUCCCGAUAUGGCAAAAUCAGUCACGCUGAUCUUCUUUCCUUUGUCGGCUUGCUUGAACCCGGUGCUGUAUGUGUGCUUUAGCCCAGCCUUCAGGCACGACUGGCACCGACUUAAAAGCCGCAUCCGAGCUGGGAAAUCUUUGAGUACGGGUGCGAUGGGCGUGGCUAGGAACGUAGAGGGCGGAGUCUCGAGUGAACUAAGCUACAAAUGUGGGUUGUGUGAGCGCUGCGAGGCGGCACUUCUAGCCAGAACAUCAUCAUCUGUAUCCUCCUCAUCCUCUUCCUGCACCUGCAGACAUUUAGUGAAGUGGCACAGCUGCCCGGCACUGACAGCUGGCGAGGGUGGAUGCCAGCGAUCAGAGGGGGACUGGGCCGACUGCGCCACCCUUUCUGUGCACUCAGAGUACGCAGACGAGGGCGACUCGUUCGUGUCGGACAGUUCGGAGCAGGCGCAGGCGUGCGGGCGGGCGUGUUUCUGCCAGAGUCGCGGCCUGCCCUUAGUGCAUUACUCCUACAAUGCACCGCGUAUCAAAGACUGACCUGGACACGCUGUACUCUAGCACACUCGCACCCUCCGCUCGUGCACUAAACUGUGCUUAUAGUGGAGCUCAGCAAGGGCACACAGGAGCACACUGUGCAGAGUGAUUUGGGACACACUGCCAGUCAGGAAGCACUUUUUGCAAGCAAACACUAAUCUGCAUGUGCGACCGUGCUGACCCCUCAUCAGCAAACAAAAAAGGGAAACUGACAAAGACUCACUGAGCCAAAUAAUGUUAGCAGGACUGUUUUUGCUUUGAUUUUUAUGUCUGUUCCAGUUCAUUCUUAAAAAAACCCAGCUCUCCUCCAGCUGCUGCCCACCGCUCAAUUGUAUCAGACCUGAUCUUAAUUUGCUGAUAUUUCUAAUUAAGCCGAGGUGACGAUGCUAUCUCUAAAUAGCCUGUUUCUGUUAUAAUGUUGAUCGUUCACUGUGCCAUUCCCUUUUAUAUUGAACUCAAAUUGUGUCAGAACCUUUGGAUCUUUAUCUGUUGAAGUUUGCCUUCUUUCUUGGCAAUUAUGCUAAUAUUUAGCAUUGCCCAGCGGCCGCUUUCUCACACUGUUCAGUCUGUUUUAUGUUCCGAGCGUAUUCAAACAGAGCUGCGUUUUUCUGAGGCUGAAUGUAGAGCUAUGUACAGCUUGGGGUGAAGUCCACAUUAUAGAUUGUUGCUGUUGCUGUUUAGUAAAGUUAAAUUCUACUCUACUGAGCAAUUCUAUUUACUCAGCAUUUUCAAGAAUUAAAGCUCCUCAUACAAACUUUCCAUUCAUCUUUAAAGUUAAAUGUCGGGUCAUUUUAAAGUUUUGGACUCCACACUACACAGAUCUCAGAGAUGUUUUUGCUUGUUAUUACCGAAUUCAUUUGAUUUAAUCUGAAUUGCUAGAAAGAAGUCGAUCAAGCAAAACGUCUAAUGCUUUUAAAAUAAAAUCACCAGCUUUUAUUCAGUCUGAUUUGAAAAUACUCUGGUCGCGACACACAAAAUGUUUCAGCAACAUUGUUUUGACUGAUGUUAAUGAAAUGACUUUUUCUUCCAACAGAUCUCCCAAAGAAUUUAUAUCAAUUAUUUUUAUAGUUACGGAAAUUUUAUAAUUAUUCUUAUAAAUAACCUCUUUUGAUAAGAAUGACCAGGCCCAAAGAUGGAACAUGUACAGUAUAUCCACAGUUAUCUAUAUGAGGUAUUGAUCUUUAAGAGUCUAUUAAGCUAUCAGAUGCAUUAAAUAUCACACAGUGCUCCUCCGAAUCCCACACAGCAUCUGUGUGUAUGUUGAGGAAUUUCAUUAAAACAUUCUAAAUCUUUUUCACGCUGCUCUGAUGCAGAACGACUGCCUUUCCUCAGGCUUUUUAAAGCGUAGCUGCAGCCAAGCUGAAUAUUUAUGUCCUCAUGUUAGUCAAAUAAGCUCCUCCAACAGCUGAUGGAUAAAUAAGUCUCCGAGGUAGCAUUUAAUGUAACUAACAAAUUCCAAGUGUGUGUGUGUGUGUGCUCGUGAUACAUUUUUUGUGUUGCUUUAUGUUGUAAAUUAUUUGUACAAGAUACAUCUAAUCAGAAAUGGGAUGCAUCGAUUAAACGUGGAAGCUACCUCUUUACCUGUAGUGGCUGCCAGUAGUGUGAACACAGUGUGAAAGCGUCGUGGUUAAUUAUUCAUGUUUCAUGUCUGUAUGAUUGCUCAUGCUGUAAAUACAUCUAGCUUGAUUUGUGUCACUUAAUGAAAGUCACGUUUUAGUUUAUACAUAUUGUGGGAGGAAAUUGUGUAUGAGAUAUAGUAAUUUUUGUAAAGCAAACUAUAUAAAUGAAUUUUCUCAUUUCUGA